UUCGCACAUUCGGACUUUCUCCUUAAUAAUAUAAUUUCAGAAAAGUAUUAUCUGCAAAUUCCAAGUAGGUAAUCAUAUUAGCAGCCAAAGCUCGCAUGAGCUUUCAGAUCGAAUAUUCAAAAGUACAAUAUAUAGAGCAGAGACCGUAUCACAAGUUGUCACUGUUUAGAAAUGAAUGACCGUGCGAACAUUAAACCAACUUUACCUCAAUGAUCAUUUGUCGUGUACGUCCAUGUGUGUAGUCAUGGACACGGACGCGUCUCUCCUCCUCGGUGAUGAACACGAGCAGAAACAACAAGAAGAGCUUUACCAACAACUUCUGCUUCAGACCAUGGGAAAAUUGCAGCGUGACAGUCCCCCUUCCAAAGUCAUCCGUCCACAGCCUGGCAUGUGCGUGAAGACCUUCUCAGUGUCAGACAAAAAGAAGGUCUUUCUGAACAUCUGCCAGUCACAGACGGUACCGCCACCUCCUCACUUGUCCCAGGAAGCACUGGUGGAACUACUGGAGUCAGAGGACCCGACGAGUUACAGAGUGCCCAUGAGCCUCGGCGAACCACACACAGAAGUCGACAACAGCUCACAAGGCUGUGCAGUGUAUGAUGUGGUGAUCAAUGAUGAAUUCUUCCAGAAAUGUCAGAAAGAUACCCUCUUCCAGCAGUUUCUUAUUGCGGUUUCUUUGGAGGGCUUGGAAAACAAAUACAGCUUGGAGUUAAGCAGAGAUAUAAAAAUUUUGAAGAACAGGAAGUUCAUGGGAUCCAUAGCAGAACAAAACAUUCGUACCAAGGGCAAGCCAAUUAUCCAGGAAAUUGACUCAAAGGAAUCUCAAACUCUGCCUUCAGCGGCUAAACGUCCAGAGUUCACUUUAUUGGUGGAGCCACCAAAUGGAAAAGCAGAGCACCUGAUCGCUGAGAUCCUUCUUCCUGGAGUGUCAUCUGCUCGAUCUCUUGUUUUGGAUUUGGGAGAAGACAGACUACUGCUGAUUGCCCGACCAUCUCUUUUCCACUUGGAUAUUUUCUUCCCCAUGCUUAUUGACCAAGAAAACAGUGUUGCCCAAUACAACACAAACACACAGACACUUACGGUGACCAUGCCAGUUGUGUCUUUGUGAAAACUACUGCAAGUCUAUGAUUUCACAAUAAACUGUUUGUUAUUCUUUUAUUCACUCGUUUACAGUGUAAACAUUAUUGAUGGAAUUAUUAGACAACAUCGCUCAUUAAACCAUUAUGUCAAGUUUA